AUCCCAUUCUUGCUGUCAUUCUUUCUAUUUGCUCUCUCUUUCUCUCGUUCCUGAUCUCACUCUCGUUCUACAUCUCAUUCUCUCAGUCAUUCUUCCUAUUUGUCUCUCUCUUUCUCUCGUUCCUGAUUUUGCUCUCGUUCUAUAUCUCAUUCUUGCUAUCAUUCUUCCUAUUUGUCUCUCUCUUUCUCUCAUUCAUGAUCUCACUCUCUUUCUAGAUCUCAUUCUUGCUGUCAUUCUUCCGAUUUGUCUCGCUCUUCCUCUCGUUCCAGAUAUCGCUUUCGUUCUUGCUCUCAUUCUUCCUAUUUGUCUCCCUCUUUCUCUCGUUCCUUAUCUCACUCUCGUUCUAGAUCUCAUUCUCUCUAUCAUUCUUCCUAUUUGUCUCUCUCUUUCUCUGGUUCCUGAUCUCGCUUUCGUUAUAGAUCUCAUUCUUGCAGUCAUUCUUCCGAUUUGUCUCACUCUUUCUCUCGUUCCUUAUCUCGCUUUCGUUCUUGCUCUUAUUCUUCCUAUAUGUCUCUCUCUUUCUCUCGUCCCUGAUUUUGCUCUCGUUCUAGAUCUCAUUCUUGCUGUCAUUCUACCUAUUUGUCUCUCUCUUUCUCUCGUUCCUGAUCUCACUCUCGUUCUAGAUCUCAUUCUUGCUGUCAUUCUUUUGAUUUGUCUGGCUCUUUCUCUCUUUCCCUAUCUCGCUUUCGUUCUUGUUCCCAAUCUUCCUAUUUGUCUCUCUCUUUCUCACAUUCCUGAACUCACUCUCGUUCUAGAUCACAUUCUUACUGUCAUUCUUCCGAUAUGUGUCUCUCUUUCUCUCGUUCCUGAUCUUGCUUUCGUUCUUGAUCUCAUUCUUCCUAUUUGUCUCUCUCUUUGUCUCGUUCCUGAUUUUGCUCACGGUCUAGAUCUCAUUCUUGCUGUCAUUCUUCCUAUUUGUCUCUCUCUUUCUCUCGUUCCUUAUCUCGCUUUCGUUCUUGCUCUUAUUCUUCCUAUAUGUCUCUCUCUUUCU